CUUCGAAGUUGGCUGCUUCGUGCAUGCACCAACAUGCUUUCAAACACUCAUGGCGGCAUUACUAUUUAAUGAGCUCUGGAGCCGAAUGAUUUGCGACACGGGAAUAUGUUGUAGAAUAAUAAGCGUCAGCUAACGAAUUCAAUCAUGUCUGAGCCGACUUUUACCAUUCAAGCUCUCCAGCUGCAAGAUGUGCCCGAGGCAGCUCAGCUCAGCAGCGAUGCCUUCCUGACGGAUCGCCAAACCCAGAUGAAAGCUCUGGGCCGAAACCCGUUCGAUAUGAAGAAAUACCACACGGAGAGUCUUCCCGAAAUGCUGAAAUCACCCCGAUGCGUGAUAUUAAAGGCCGUUGACAAGGAAACGGGGGAAUUUGCCGGCUUUUGCAACUGGGGACUCAUCGGAUUUUCGCCCGAAGAGAUGCCUGUAGUGGAAGGCAGGAUCCAACCUCCCGAGAGGCCGGCUGCAGCUCCGGCAGAGCAGUCAGAAAAUGAAAACGACAAGGAAAAAGAAACGGAUAAAUCGUCAGCGGUAGAACCAAAGCCCAGUCCCGAUGCAGACCCAGAAGAUCCCAUCGAGCGACUCCAGGCACUUACAGGCGCCGACUUGGAUGCAUGGCAGAAGGAAGUGAUGCCCAAAGGCACCAAAUGCCUUGUGGUUAUCGGGCUUUCUGUCUCACCCAAAUUCCAGCGACGGGGCAUCGGGUCAGCGCUGCUUCGCUGGGGAACCAAGAUAUGCGACGAAGCGGGCGUCUUUGCCUGGGUUCACUCGUCGGAGCCGGCGUGGAAGAUUUACGAAAAGGCAGGAUUCCAGGUGAUCCGCACGCUCGACGUGGAUCUGGACGAGUACGCUCCGUGUCCCCCUCCAGACGAGGGCCCGGAUGCCAAAUGGGGCCAUUAUGUCUUUCGAUAUAUGAAGUAUUUUGGCUCCAAAGACUGAGGGCGGUUAUCAGGUGGACGUGCAUAACAUGUGCUUUGCAUAUGAGCAUCUACAGAUGUUUAUCUGAGAUUAAACGGCAAAUCCACAUAAGCUUGCCAAGAUUCGAGCAUUGCUGGAUACAGCACUGAUCGGCAUUGUGCGGGGAGAGGGAUUCGGUAAAGGA